AUGGAUGGAAUGUCAAACAACGUUAAUAAUGAAACUAAUGAGAGUAGUCAAUCCUCUCCACCACCACCUUAUAACUCGGUUGUUUAUAAAAAAGAUGCAAAUGAAUUCAAUAGAAUUCAAUCAUCAACUCAUUUUGAUGUUAAUAAUCAAUCAUUUGUUGAUUUUGAUAAUUAUCCUGGACCACCAUUAACAGAUGGUUAUAUACAUGUUGAUCAAAACAAUCUAUCGAUCAAUCAUAAUAAUAUAAUAUCAAAAAAGAUUCAUAUUUAUUUAAUUGUAAAUGGGAUAAUUACAAUAAUAUUUGGUUUUAUUUCUAUUGCAAUACAAAUAAGUAUAAUAAAAUUGCAUUUAAUCACCUAUUAUUAUUAUGGAUUUUGGGGUGGACUAUUUCUUGUUGUUAUUGGUCUAUGUACUAUGGCUCAUCAUCAUGGAAUGGAUAAUUCGAAAAUUUUUCAUUCAUUUCUUUUGCAAAGUGUAUGUGUAGGUAUUCUAUUUGCUAUUGGUAUUAUUAUUAUAUUAACUGAUACAUGUACUGAUAAUACAGCAGAAAAUGAUAAUGGGAAUCAUUUAUGUAGCCAUUCAUAUAAAGUACUUAAUGGAUUUUUACUUAGUACUUUUGCUAUAAUAUUUUUACAAUCAAUAAUGAAUGGAAUUAUAUUUUUUAUUUUGCGAAAACAACCUUCGUCAAUUUGA